AUGAAACCAUCAAAGUUCUCACUUUUUUCCAAAAUUCUUGCACUUGUUUCAAUUGUUUUUGUGCUUUCUGUUUGUAUUUGUAUGGCAAUCUGGAUGCUUAACAUUCGUACUGAGAAUAUUUUAUGGAAAAAAAGCGCCUCAAAACCUCACAUCAUAGUUAUCAUUGCUGAUGAUAUGGGAUGGAACGAUGUAAGUUAUCACGGUUCUAAUCAAAUCCCAACGCCUAACAUCGAUACUUUAGCAUACAACGGAGUGAUUUUAAAAAACCAUCAUGUUCUACCAAUGUGUACACCUUCCCGAACAGCAUUCUUUACUGGCCGUUAUCCGAUAAGAGACGGAAUGUAUGGUUAUCCUUUGAAAGCUGGUGAGCCUCGAGGGCUUCCUUUAAAUACUACUUUGCUUCCCCAGUAUCUUCGUGGUCUAGGAUAUUCUACACAUAUGGUUGGCAAGUGGCAUGUAGGAUAUCAGUCUAAUGAUUACACACCAACUCGGCGAGGUUUUGAAACAUUUUUUGGAUACUACAAUGGCCAAAUCCAGUAUUACAAUUAUACAAUAACAACUAAACAAUUUAAUGUAAAUGGAUACGACAUGCACAGAGAUAAUGCGGAAGAAAUACGACCAGACUGGUCUCACAAAAACGAGUAUGCUACUGACGUAUUCACGGAUGAAGCUAUAAAGAUCAUUGACAACCAUAAUAACAUCAAGCCGUUGUAUCUUCAAAUAUCCCAUUUAGCUCCACACUGUUCCGACUUAGAAGAUCCACUAGAAGUUCGAGAUAUGAAGGAAGUAAACAGGACAUUCGGUCAUAUAUCAGAUAUUUCCCGUCGUAAAUAUGCUGGCAUGGUGAGUGCUUUGGACGAGUCUGUUGGACACGUAGUCAAGGCUCUUGAUCAAAAUAAUAUGUUAGAAAAUUCAAUCAUCGUUUUUAUGAGUGAUAAUGGAGCUCCCACUACUGGAUUUUUAGCUAAUUAUGGAUCAAAUUAUCCAUUAAGAGGUUUGAAAUUCACUCUGUAUGAAGGGGGAGUGCAUACGCCUGCCUGUAUUUAUUCUCCGUUAAUAAAUUUCAAAGGGAGAGUCAUUGAGAAUCUCUUCCACAUGACUGAUUGGAUGCCAACUCUUUACGCUGCUGCAGGAGGAAACACGGCUGAUUUAGGGGUGAUCGAUGGUGUUAAUCAGUGGUCCAUGAUUAGUCAAGGAAAAUUUGGUCGACGAAACUCCUUGUUAAUAAAUGUUUAUGAUGAAGGGAACCUUGGAGCAGCUAUUAUUGGACAAUAUAAAUUACUCACAGGAGCAAGUCGUAUAUAUGGUGAUUAUUAUGGGGAGAAUAUUGAUGAUGAUGAUCCAUCGACGCCUGCUUAUGAUUUAGACGCAGUCUCGAAUUCUCUAGCUGGUCAGGCUAUCGCUCGAGUCUCGGGAGCUUACUUAUCUCGAAAGCAAAUGCUACAGCUUCGGUCGACGAGUAAAAUUAUUUGUAAACCGUUUAGUCAAUACUCCAACUGCUCAGAUCGUUGUCUAUUUGAUUUGACUGUUGAUCCGUGUGAAACAACAGACAUCUCUCAGCAGUAUCCGGAAGUCGUUCGAACGUUAGAGGAUUACAUCAAUGGAUACCGAGGAGUGCUGGUAGAAGAAAGCAAAAACCCUAUAGAUCCCAAUUCUUUACCAUUUCACUUUGGGGGAGUCUGGAUGCCUUGGUUACCUACGGAAUAA